CUGGUGGGACUGACGUACCUACCGCUCUGCUUGCCUUGCAGUCUCUACCAUGUCUAUACGGCACCUCUUGUUUUUGUGUGUGAGGUAUCACUUCCAUACUUCACACGACUGAAGCAAUUCAUGGAGAAGUAAGCCUGCCGUUUUCGGAGAGAGCUGGAUACGAGUUGUGGACACGGACAGAGUCAUGGUUUGUGGAGGAAGAAGACAAACUGCCCGGUUGUCUGUACUUCCAACCAGCGUUAAAGCUACUUUGAUGCCUCGCCGCUUAGCUAACAAGCUAACUGGCAAUGUUUUCAGAAACUAGCCAGGUAGUUAGCUUGCUAGCGAGCUAAAACGGCUAAACACAUUCGCUAUAUAGAGGUAGCAAACAGUUAUAGCUACUUUUAUCUGAAGAUACUGGGAGUGAGUAGGUCGGGUAUGUGAGAAUGGGUAUGUUGAAUGUUGAGGGCAUCAGUGCCCGCCUGGUGGCUAUUUUCCACCGGGGACAAUAGUUAACUGUCCAGGCAACAAGUCUAGGACUGCCCUAAGGACUCAAGUUUGUGCUCGUUUCAUUACUAGUAACCGAUGGCCUGGGCUAACCACAGAGAAGCACCCAGUGGUAAAAUGAACGUUUAGGGCACAGUAAAGGUAUCGGUGUACAAAGGAAAGUAGGUUGUCACUGUAGAUGCUCAGAUUUGAGUGGGUCAGGUUACUCUGUUGUAACCCAUAGGAGGAACUGUUGAUAUUUAAUCGAUACGACUAUUGAUGAGGAGACGAGGUGGAUGAACAUUAUAAAUCGCCCACAUGCGUUGGAUCAGUUCCCGGACUUGUGAAAGGUAUCCGAAGCAGAAGGUGGGAGACGUGAGCGCACAGCCCUUACAGCCCCGGGGAAGAUGGCGGAGCGUUCCCGCAGGAGGUGCUGAAACCAAAACUUGGGGACUUCUUGGAUUUAUCGCCGCACAUCUGUUCUCAGAUUGUAGGACACAUGCAGGCCAAAAAACGGUACUUAAUUCUGUUCUCCGCAGGUACGUGUCUCAUUCUGUUGUUUUGUUUUGGAGGGAUACAAGUCCCGCUGUCCAGGCGGGGUCCCAGCCGGCGUGAUGACCGCAGCCUCACGGGUUAUCGGCCCGGGCCGCGGUGGCGGCGCUUUCCGGGGGGGCUCCAGCCUUUCAGCUCCUGGGAACAGGACAGGAGCGACGAUUACGACGGACACAUCUCUCCAAGGCAGAAGAGAGAUUCAAACUCAGGCGUUUACUUUGGAAAACGCUGCAGAAUGGAGUCCUGCUUUGACUUCUCUCUGUGUGAGAGGAAUGGAUUUAAAGUUUACGUCUAUCCCCAGCAGAAAGGAGAGAAGAUGUCAGAGAGCUAUCAAAACAUCUUGUCCUCUAUUGAAGGGUCCAGGUUCUACACACAUGACCCAGGACAGGCCUGUCUGUUUGUUCUGAGUUUGGACACAUUGGACCGGGACCAGCUUUCACCUCAGUAUGUUCACAACCUAAGAGCAAAAAUCCAGAGCCUUGCUCUGUGGAAUGAGGGCAAAAACCACAUCAUCUUCAACUUAUACUCAGGCACAUGGCCAGACUACACAGAAGACCUAGGCUUUGACAUUGGUUAUGCCAUGUUGGCCAAAGCCAGCAUCAGCACUGAGAACUUUCGACCCAGCUUUGAUGUUUCUAUUCCUCUUUUCUCUAAAGACCACCCUAGGACAGGAGGGGAAAGGGGUUACCUUAAACAUAACACUAUUCCCCCUUUCAGGAAGUACAUGCUUGUUUUCAAAGGGAAGAGGUAUCUAACUGGCAUAGGUUCAGACACUAGGAAUGCUUUAUAUCAUGUUCAUAACUCAGAGGAUGUGGUCCUCCUCACUACCUGUAAACAUGGGAAGGACUGGCAGAAGCACAAGGAUGCUCGCUGUGAUAGAGACAACGCCGAGUAUGACAAGUAUGACUACAGAGAAAUGCUGUACAACUCCACAUUCUGUCUGGUACCUCGAGGACGACGACUGGGUUCCUUUCGCUUCUUAGAGGCUUUGCAGGCUGCGUGUGUGCCAGUAAUGCUAAGUAAUGGCUGGGAGCUACCCUUCUCAGAGAUCAUCGACUGGAAUACCGCAGCUGUGAUGGGGGAUGAAAGGCUGCUGCUACAGAUCCCCUCGACUGUGCGCUCCAUCCACCAAGAUAAGAUCCUAUCCCUGAGACAGCAGACUCAGUUCCUCUGGGAGGCAUACUUCAGCUCUGUGGAGAAGAUAGUACUGACCACGCUGGAGAUCAUCCAGGAUCGGGUACUGCAGCACACCUCAAGGAGUUACCUUAUGUGGAACAGUCUGCCUGGAGGUCUUUUCACCCUGCCUCAGUACUCCACAUCCCUGGGAGACUUCCCCUUCUACUACGCUAAGCUGGGUAUAAAACCAUACCCAAAAUUUACAGGUAUUAUUCAUGUAGUGACUCCACUAGUGUCACAGUCUCAGCCAGUCAUGAAGCUGCUUCUGGCUGUGGCCAAGUCCCAGUACUGUGCUCAGGUGAUAGUUCUGUGGAACUGUGACAAGCCUCUUCCUGCCAAACAUCGCUGGCCUGCCACUGCUGUUCCUGUCAUUGUUAUAGAAGGAGAAAGCAAGGUGAUAAGCAGCCGCUUUCUGCCCUAUGACACCAUCCCAACUGACGCUGUACUCAGUCUGGAUGAGGACACCGUGCUCUCCACCACAGAGGUGGACUUUGCAUUCACCGUGUGGCAGAGUUUCCCAGAUCGCAUUGUCGGCUACCCAGCCCGAAGCCACUUCUGGGACAGCAACAAGGAGCGUUGGGGUUACACUUCCAAAUGGACCAACGACUACUCCAUGGUGCUGACGGGGGCUGCCAUCUAUCACAAAUACUACCACUACUUGUACACCACCUACCUUCCAGCCAGUCUGAAGUCCAUGGUUGACCAAAUGUCAAAUUGUGAGGACAUUCUGAUGAAUUUCCUGGUGUCUUCAGUCUCAAAGCUGCCACCCAUCAAAGUUACCCAGAAAAAACAAUAUAAGGAGACUAUGAUGGGACAGAGCUCCCGGGCGUCCCGCUGGGCCGACCCAGACCAUUUUGCCCAACGUCAGACCUGCAUGAACAAAUUUGCCAGCUGGUUUGGCACAAUGCCUCUGGUCCACUCUCAGAUGAGGCUGGACCCAGUUCUUUUCAAAGACCAGGUGUCCAUACUGCGGAAGAAGUACAGGGACAUCGAGAGGCUAUAACCCUCCAGAGCCCCCCCACUCUCUGGACAUGACAAGUAAAAAAAAAGAGUGAGGGGGCGGACCGGUACAGAAACGCAGAGCCUUUCCGCGAUCGAGUGGAGGGAUCAGUGGAGAAACUAAAUGGAUGGAGUGCAUGAGGAGAGGAGGACGAUAAACUAGAACAGAUGUGGAGGAUUCUGUAUGUGUUGAUUUUAUUUGUUGGCGCCCAUUGUUUGUCCUCCAUGUCUCCUUUUUACCCCUCCUAGGAUCUCCUGUGUGUACUGGAGUAUAGUUGAGCUCCCUGUACGCUCCACCAUAUACACUAUCCCCUACUGAAGGACACCAGAGGACCUGACUGAAGGUUCGACUUUGAACAACAGUGGUCAAAGUCUUGGAGUUGGAUAUCAUCACUCGCUGCUUCAGCGUCCACACGGUGGAAAACCACUCAACUCUAAGCCGCUGAAAUACACUCUGCUCUGUACUCUAUGCACAGGUUCAUGAAAGUUUUUGCUGACAGAAUAUUAUUGGUAAUUAUGACUGAAGAGGAUAACACUAUUUUGGACACAAUUAGCUAUUUUUUUUUUAUAUACAGUGAAUGGCCAGCACUACUCUCUCUGUAUCGUCAUAAUUAAAUCCAGUACCAGGGUGGGUGAAGAGAGAAUGACUACCCUUCAGCCACAGAACUGAAUAAUGAUCGUUGAUCUGAUAUUCACAGUGCCUCAAGUUUAUCUAACGGCGUUGGGAUGUGGGAGUCUAAGAAAAAAAAAAGACAUGGUGCAGAACAAGCACCAUGAUCUUGCUGCUUUCAAUUUUGCAUUUUGUUUUAGUUUUUUUUAUGUUGGUUUUUUUUUUUUUUUUUUUUUUUUAAAUAAUUGAUGGAAUUUUGGAUCCCAUUGUAGAUUCUUCAGGUCAGCAUUCACAUUUUUCCUCUUACUGAAUAUAAUUGGAUUCAGAUGAACAAGCAAAAUUUAAAUGAUAUACAAUUUUUUUCAUGCGGUCUGGAAUCUAUCUUGCACAGCUUUGCCAGAUUCCACUAAAUUUGUCUCUGGGACCAGAUUUCCAAAGACGCUGAAUGCAAGUCCAGAGCAAAAUCUGUGGAUGAGGACUCUUUGUUUUUCCCUACUUAUCAUACAUAACUUUUGUGCAACAACAAAUCUUCUUUUCUUGUACUAUUAACAAAAGAAUGCAUAACAAGCCAGAACCAUUACUUGAAUAUGCGCUGGCCUGAAGAACAAUAAAGGAUCAUAUGAGUGGCCUUGUUUAAGGGAGGCUGGGCUUGCCAGUUGUGAUAACCAAUGUUCUGUCUGAAACACAAGCCACUGUGAAUGCGAAGGAAGGGAUCUGUUUGGGCUUGGUUAGAAAGAGAAAUGUAUGAACACCCAUUAUCUGUGUGUCAUAGACCCAAUUUCAUUUUGUCCAGUGACAGGUUUGGCAGUAGCCAAGGCUGACAAGCACUUGACACAGGCUAAUACAUUUUUCAUCUAGGAGUAUCGGACAGUGCCUCGGGAGACUCGAACAUCAUGACAAAUAAGAGUUGGCAUCAUGCUAAGUAUACUGUUGUAUUUUCCCUCGUAUUGUGAACAAAUAUGACCAGAUCAAUGGGAACCAAGCUUUUGCGGUGCUGUUGAAAAGGCUCAGGGAAAGAAAUAGGUACAUGUGCACUAUUUAGUCAUUCUUCUCAUUUUCUGGUUUUCUGAACAUCAAUACAUGCAAUUGGAAGCCUCUCAGCUUCUAAACUAUUUGCAGAACUCCAGGUUCUAUCUCUAACAAUCAGAAAUCCAAACAGCUAUUCAGAGAUGCUUACACUGACAAUGUCUUAUUGUGCUUGGGCGAAAGAUUGAUCUCAUUGAUCUGAAAUGGAAAACCAGGAUGUUGUGAAGUGUGCUUUAUGUCUUGGGAUAGAUAGUUGACUUAAAGAUUAACUAUAUGAUGCCAACUUUAUUAGUUUCUGUAUGAUUGUCCUCUAAAUUGAAGACACAUAUCAAACUUCUGCAACUCUGUCCAUUGUCCGCCAAAUGUCAGGGAAUAAUGAAAUUGGGUUUUAAAUGUUUGAUAAUGUUGAAAAUCCAGCUCCGCUUUAAUCCUGUCUCGACAUGUCAUAUCAGAUUAUGUGAAAAUGUGAACUUUAGCCUAUUUAAGAUUCAGAAUUUGCACCCGUGUAUUUAAAUCACUGUGCAUCAUCAAAUUAAUGUUUUACAACACUAACCACGUCUGCCCUGACACCUCAUUUGGCAGCUGUAGCUUCAAUGUUGUGGGAGAAAUGUUUAGUGACCACUUGGGUUAAGCUUCACAGUCCUGCACCCUUCACCCCAAUAUGUGCCAAUAGUUCAACUGUUUUAUAUUCAUAAUGUUUAAUUGCUAAUGUGAGGAACACCGCACAUUCCCAUAUUUAUUCGGUUCAUUUAUGUUUAUUCCUGUUUUGUAAGAAAGUCGAAUGUGUGAAAAAGAGAGGGGAAAAGGAAGGACAGUAUGUGUCAGAGGCGAGCGCUGCAUUUAAAUUUUUUUUCCCCACUUUUGAGAAUGUGCUAUCAGCUGGACAGCACCUAAACAAUCCUAGUGUUACUAAAGACAGUGCUAUAAAGAUGGUUGAAUAUGGUCGUGAACAGAAUCACAUUUGCAAAAUGAACUUGGUGCAAUAUUUCAGAUGACAUUUUCUCUAUCUUUUUCUUUUCUCUUCUCUUGUGUUGUUGUUUCAGAGGGCAGGGGUUUAUAUAUUGAUGUGCCUUCAGAAGAAAUACAUGAGUUUUUUUGCCCAUCUUGUGCAAGAACGGGGUUCCUGUUUUAAUGUCAUAUUCGGUUGUCUUCUGUUUUCUUUUAUCAGUAUCCGAUACUGGCUCCGUAAGUUAUACUGUUUUAACACUGGAAAGCUACGAGGACUUAUCACACAUCUCUUCCUGACAUUCCUGACUUUUUUUGUUGUAGAAACAUUUUUCAAAGUCUUGUUGGACACACACGGACACGUACUGCCUUGUAUUAUUAUACUUGCGAGGGCCCAGUAGCCCACUCUUUCUGGCUGUCACAAGUAUAAUAGUACAUGAAAUGCACAUACAAUUCUCACAAACACACACAGUAUUUAUCAGACAGGAUUGUGUCUCAACUAAAUCUCUGCCUGCAUCCUUCAGUCUCUUCUGUAACUGCAGACUUAAUUUUAUAGAGAUUAAAAUGGAAAGAUAGAGGAAAAAUCACAGUUUUGUAAAAGGAUUUUAUAAAGACAAAACAAAAAAAAUCAACAUCAACAAAUAAAACCUUUGAUAUAAA